CGCGCCGCGUUCCGGGUCUCCUAGCAACGGGGAGAAACUUUCCCGCGAGCAGAACGCCGCCGCCCGCCGCUGAUGCCGGAUCCCGGCCCGGGGCCGCCUGCCGCUUGCGAGCCGCGAGCCUCCCCAGGGCAGCGGGACCAUGAGCCGCACCCUCUCCUUCGUGGAGCUGAUCAACCUGGCCAUCGGGACGCCGGAGCUGGGCAAUGUCAACUUCAACGCGCUGCACCUGUUCCUGCACAGUCUGGUGGAGCACCUUCGCCUGCACGACGUGAGGAAGGAGGUGUCGGCGGAGGAGCUGGAGUUCAUCAAGCCGCCCCCCAGCUCCGGGGCCUCCGCAGCCACCUCGGCCACCGAGACCCUCCCGGCGGUACAGAAGUCCAGUUCCAUCUUCCACCAGAUGCAGGAGAGGAUCACCGCCAUCGAGAGGCAGCUCCGCUUUCUGAAUGAGCCCCCCGACACGGCAGAGCUGCUGGCCCGCAGCCAGGGCAUGGGCCAGCCUGCCCUGGACAUGUGGCAGAUGAUGCAGCUGAAGAAGAAGCUGGAGCUGAAUGAGGAAGGCAUGACCAAGGCCAUGAACACGUUGCAGGACCUGCUGAAUAGCAUUUGCUCUCUGAAAAUCGCAACGGAGGGCUUUCAGCAAGAACUGGGGCAGCUGAAAAAAGACGUUGCCCAGAUCAACGGGGAAGAAAUGAAAGAGCGGCUGCUAUGCCUGGACAAACAGGCCAGGAUGAUGGAAGAAAUGAAGGAGCAAUUGGGCCUCGUAAAAGAAAGGGUCAGCCUAUCUGCAAGUGCCUCGAAGGUGGUGUCCUGGAGUGCCCUUUGCGAGACGCUCACCGGCAAAACCUUCGAGGAAGAGGAAGGGGGCAGAGAGAAAGCGGACAGUAGCAGAGUGGAAGUGGACCGGGGCAGAGUGGAAGAGGACAGGGGCAGAGAGAAACCGGACGGAGGCAGAGUGGAAGAGGACAGGGGCAGAGAGAAAGCGGACGGAAGCAGAGUGGAAGAGGACAGGGGCAGAGAGAAAGCGGACGGAAGCAGAGUGGAAGAGGACAGGGGCAGAGAGAAAGCAGACGGAGGCAGAGUGGAAGAGGACAGGGGCAGAGUGGAAGAGGACAGGGGCAGAGAGAAGACAUCGCGGGAGAUCCUGGCUGUUCUGAGCCAACUGCCCGAGAAGCACGAAGCUCUCCUGAAGCACAUCACUCAGCUGGAGGCCCAGUUGAAGUACCCAGCAGGCCCUGCAGCUUUUGAAAUGCCUCCCGAACUGAAGUCACUGCUGGAACAGAUGGAGAUAUUGCAAACUCAAAGCCAGCAGGGAAAGGAGUCUCUGCAAGAGACCCUGGAGCAGAUGGAGAGGCUGAGGGAACAAUUUGAAAACCUGCAACAGGGAGUGGAGAGGUUAUCCAGGAGUAGCACGGAGAUGCAGAUCAUACGCAACCUGUUGCAUCAGUUGGACAUCAAGAAAGCCGAUAAAGACUCGAUCCAAGAGGAGAUGAAUGUGAAAGCUGACAAGAGCGCGCUGGAGGCAAUGGUGAACCACGGGCAGCUGCAGUUGGCCACCAGCCAACUCAGCGAGAUGAUGCAGGAUCUGCUGCAGAAGAUGUCCCUGCAGGACAAAGACUGGCAGAAGGCGCUCGAGAAGCUCUUUGUGGACAUGGACUGCAAGCUGGACCGCUUGGCCCUGGACCCUGUGAGCCGGCAGCUGGAGGAGGUGUGGAAGUUCAUCAAGAAGUACCUGAGUGAGGGGCCCCGCUUUGACGCCGACAGUGCAGCUGGCUUCAAGAAGCAACUCUUUGAGAGAGUGAAAUGCAUCUCCUGCGACCGGCCAGUGACCAUGAUGACCGGGCCGCAUAUGAUCACUGUCCGGAAGGCCAUGCUGAAGCCUCGUCCAGUCAGUGCCAGUGGCUACGAAUACCUCUUCCACCAGCAGAAAAGGGAUCAGGAUCCGAGCGAGAUGAGUAGCAACCCCCCUUUGCAGACCUGCUGGCAAUGCCAAGCCCAGCAGCAAGCCUGCGCCCUCAAGCACCUGUCCCGGACCCAGGACUUCGCCACCCUCUACCCCUACGGGGACCCCACUGCCAUCACCUACGACAACACUGAAGUAGACAUUCUGGGGGUGAACGGAGUCCUCUACAAAGGCCGAGUGAGCUCACAUGCAGCAGAGCGGACGUUUGCCCUGCAGAAGGAAUUUGCAGCUCUGAAGAUUCCCCGGCCACCGACAGGGGUGCGAAUGGAGAGAGUCCGCUCUGCCUUUGCAGACAUCAGUGCAGUGCCCUACCCCUCCUCUGUCCUCCGUCGCGUGGGGUCUGCAAUAGCCAACAGCAACCAGCGACCGCAGCAGCUUAGCUGUGAUCCUGUGGACAGAACAAUCAUCAGUGGCACCCUCAGCGAAAGCCACGUUCAGAAUGAAAGGAACGUUCCAGGCCUGGGUAGCCAUAGCUUUUAGCAGACUCCUUCCCUGAAGAUUUUGGUCAUCCCUGCCAGAUCUCCAGUGCUGUAACAGAAGACACUGCUUCUCGUCCAUCUGAAACAGAGGCCACAGACUUGCCUGGCUUUCAAAGGAGAGCGGCUGCGUCCACAACUACCAUCAUGCCCGAAUUACGUCAGAUGUUCAGCAGAUCAUGGGCUAACAUGGUGCUUCUCUCCAUGGUGAACCAGGAUUCCCAAACAAAACAUUCAUUAUGAUGACAGUGAACACAAGUAUUCCUGGGGCCAAGAUCUGCCAGGGAUUCCAGUUUGGGCCCGGGCAUCUUCAGAAACCUGACCCAUGUGCCUCUCCUUCCCUUUCCGUAUGGGACCCCGGAAAUAUUCCUGAUACUGUCCCUGUCUCAGCCAUGGCACAGGAAAGCAUUCAUCUAGUGAGAAAAUGAUUCUAUAAAGAUUCUUUUUUUACAUGCUGUGAACUGCUGCCUCUGUUCUGCAAGGAGCUUGGUUCUUUUCCCUCCGACCUCAGCAGUUCCCUUUGGUGGCUGAUUAGCAAGAGAGGGAAAGGCGCCCUGAUGGUCAUCUUAUGCCUUGGUAAAAGCAGAUCAGUCCAGGCUGGUGGGUAGCUAAAAAGAGGAAAUAUUGGUGCCUAAAACCUAGAUGUUGCCAUGGGGUGCAGCUGGAGGCUUGUGGACUUUCUCGCAUUCUCUUCCCCAUAAGUGUGGGCCUGGGCGUGUUUCCCUGCAACAGUCUAUCACCCUCCAAAUCCAAAGGCUCUUGGGGGGGCAGAGAGCUGCCUCUCCUCUCUUUCCUGCGUGGAGUGGUGGCUGGGGCUCCAAAGGAAGCUCCAUUCUUGAUCCUCUUCCUCUAGGGGCCACUGAACCCCUUCCAGGAGCACCUUGACUCCCAGGAGUUUGCACUGCAGGAGCAGCUAGCCUCGUCCUGGUUGGGGUGGGUGGGAGAAGACCUCAACGGGAGAAGGAGGUCUGGUGGGCAGCUGUGCGGUGCUGCUGCUCCUGCGCCGCAUUUCCAGCCAUCUUUGGCUUUCCUGCUGGGGGGCAGGGGGGUGGCGCUGCGCCCGGACGUUGGGGCGGAUGGCCGUUGAGAAGCCUCAGCUUUGGAGCCCCGCUUGGGAGUUCUCGCGGGUCUUUCCACUGCGGGCCGGCAGUCGCGAAACUCAGGCGGGGCGCCCACGAUCUUCAGCACCCUGGAUAGAGUUCGGCAGCCCCUUCGGAACCCCGCUCCGGCUCUGCCUGUGGAC